UUGCCAGUAAUCAAUAUUAGAACCUUCAUAUACUUCACCAAUUACAUAUGAGUGGUUGUCAUUGGAUACAGUCAGUAAACAGAAACUGACAGAGCAAGAUUGUAAGUCUUAGCAACAAAUAUACAUUGUUUAAAAAGGCAAGUGAUUAGAAGAGCAUUUUAAAAACAUGUCCUAUAGAGAUUUAAGAAAUUUCAGUGAAGAUAUGCGUGCGCUAGGUUUUCCUGAGCAUAUAUCCUUGGAAAGCUUUCGCACGCCCAAUUGGGAUUUGUUGGACUCUUGCCUUCGAUGGCUGGCAGCCAGGUUAGAACCUGAUGCUGUACUGGCUGGCGGCAAGGAUACGGUGGAGCAAAGAAUUGCCAUGGUUAUGCAUGCUGUGGAAAUCUUUCAUUCCCGUGCAAACUUGAAGCUGAAUGGCAAGAAAGUUUAUGGAGCGGACGGAUGGGCAGUUCGUGAGUUGCUGAAGGUGGCGGCGCUGCUGCGCACGGCCUUGGAGACGCCGCCACCUGUGGACCGCCCGGAACACGUACCUUUGCUGUAUGACGUCACCUCACGGAUUGGCGAAAUAAAGCAAGCUCGCAGUUUGGCCACAGACAUCACGGCGCAGGGGGCUUAUCUGCACGACUUGUUGGUGAAGGAACCGGAGAAUAAGGAGUCUCGCAGCCGCGCCCUGUCUCGUCCGCUGGACUCCAGUGCAACGGAAGCGGCGCUGCGUCGGGCCUCAUCGGCGGUGGAAGAUCGCGUCGCGGCGACUCGCGAGGCGGCGGAGGCGGCGUCGGGGAGCGAGGCCGCUCUAGUCGCGAAGACUGAGCGGCGGCGGGCUGAGUUGCAGCGUGCAGAGAAGCGCCUGCGCACGGUGCAGAAAAUCAAGCCUAUGUACCAAUCGGAGCUGACGGCUCUAGAAACAGAAAUCGAACAGCUUUGGGAUCAGUACGUGGUGAGGUACCGGUGUGUGGAGGCGCUUAAGCAUCAGCUCAGUUUGUUGGAAACGGCACAGAAUGAGUCUGCCGAAGAGCAGCAGGCGUCGAUCCUACAGCUGAUUCACAAAUAUGAAACCGAAGACGUGUUGGGGAAGCUCAGUGACUCUGAUGAGAUGAACUCCAGCGGGGACGAAAGGGAGUCAAAGCCGCGAGCCGCCUCUCGUCCUCGGACGAGGCUGCGGAUCAAGACUGCAGGAACCACCAUCCCGGAGAAUCGCGGGGUGUGGGCGGGACGUGACUCGCUGGACAUUCGGGACGAAGACGACUCCGACACCGAAUCCGAUCCGGACGUCUCCGAUACUCAGCUCUUCGGGACGUCGGGUGACAGUGGGCGGGCGGCGCGUUGGUCUCGUCGUCCUGGCACGCGCACCUUGACCCACGACGGACACUACGCGGACCUCGGCCUAGGGUUGGAGCGCAAGCCGGCGGGGCCCGAGGAAGGAGACUCCCUCGGGAGUUCUUCGGAGAGCGAGCUGCGUCUCUCCAGUCCCAAACUCGGCCGCAACUCGGCCUUAAGCGACAAUGAGUUCUGAACGUGAAUUAUGCGAUGCGGUCUUGCUUUUGAUACGAAUCACUCUCGUUCCUUUCCCAACUUUAAAAGUAGGUAGAUAAUUUCAUGAGUUUUAUUUCGAGGCAAUCCCCUGUCCUAAUUCGUUGUUACCCUUUACUGAUAUUGACACUGUCUGCUAUAUGAUAUUUAGAAUUAUUAUAAUAUUUGCAACUA